AUGGCAGCGUUCAGCCCCACCUUUGUGCUGGGCGUGUGCAUUCUGCUCUAUCUGGCAUCCUUCGUCGUCUUUGCCAUUGUACGAAUCGUCACCGGUGUCUCCAUUCAACGAAUCGGUUAUUUCUCUCUGCGGCGAAUAGCAUACACUCCUAGAGAUGGCGUUCAGAUCGAGCUCCGUGGGCUCGGGCUCGUGCUGCAUCGACCUACGUUUGCUCAACCAACCUGGCUUAGUGUCGUGCUGGAAGAGCUGCAGGUGACGAUUGAUCUGACGGCUCUCGGCGGUCAAUCAGACGGCGAUGCCGUGCUCAAGCAAAAUGCCGCUUUCGACAAUGCCGAUGGUCCCUCGUGUGCCAUCGACCCCUCCGAAAGCCAUGAAGCAUCGCUCCGGUCGGCGCAGGCCGAGCUUCGUGUGAACCAGGUUUUGAAACGGCUGGGAGAGAUUAAGGACAAGAUCAAGCGAUUACAUCGAAAAUUACACUUGCUGCGGAUGGUGGACCUCGUUGCGACCAAUUCGUCCUGCGCCAUUGUCGACGUCGGAUGCGUUGAGGUGGGAAAUCUCACGGUUGCGGUUGAGACAAGGAGUAAAAUGGUGGAAAGGAGUCGCCUUUUUCAGCAUCAACGAGCGCCUUCCAAGGGACAGAAGCCUGCUGAAUGGAUGUUCUCUGUACGUCGUGUGCUCUUCACCCCGUACGGAAAAGAGUCCCUUGAAGUCCUUGAUCAUUGCACCCUCAACAUCUACGGCCUCCUUUACCAACACCUCGACGGACUGCGCGAUGCCUGCAUUGCUCUGAAACUCGGCCGAGUCCACAUCCCAUAUGACGACCUCGUAACAUGCCGAAAUCGUUACCGUCGCUGUCGCUAUGCAUAUCGAAGAUCGCAUGGCCCGGAGGAAAUGGAGGAGAUCUCUUUGACGGAUGUCAUGGAGGAGUGGAACAUUCCUGGGAGCCGCGAGGAAAAGAUUGUGCAGACAGUCUCCGAGUCAAAGGAAUUUGCAAGCUCCAUACUACGUGGCAUCGAAGAGAUUCAAUUUGCCGUCAGCUUCGUGGGAAUGUCCAAGUCGAUAAGGUCUCUACAGCCUUCCGGUUCACCGCUCCGAUUGAAUAUGGCCAUGAAAGAAGUAGGAAUAGAUCUUCACCGCUUAGACCAGGGCAGCCCGAGCCAUCGCAUGUAUUUUGCUCCAGGCGAUGUGGCGCACCAAGCCCUGGUGGCCGCCAUUUCCAUCUCCAUCGGCGUGGAUGACGGCCAAGGGUUGCCCGAAAAGCUUGUCUAUAUUCCCAUGGCCACGACGACUAUCAAGACUACUCUCCCAUCCAAGUCCGUGCAAGUCGAGAGGGAGAAGGAUGUUGCAGAACGAAAUCGAAACAUUCUCUUCGCCAACCUAAUUGUGACCUCUCCUUCAAUCGAUUUGGAUCCGAAGCACGUCCCUCUAAUCUACGCCCUCUGCCAGCCGCGGCCACAACCUGUUGGAGUGCCGCCGCCGCAGUCAAGGAACCAUCACCUUAUAUCUCGCCUUCUCCCAAAAGCUAGUGUCAAGAUUUCUGUGCACGAGCCCGUGGUACGGGUUUCACUUCCGCCGGCGGCCCGCGAGAAGAGGGGCGGCGAUGACUUUGACCUGCUCAUCUCCGCAAUAUCGUCGGUGUCCUUUGACCUCGAAUCAAUCCAUUCCGCUGAAGGCGAGCUUCACUAUUCCUUGGCGUCUACCCUUCGCAUUGCAUCACACCAAUUCUAUUAUCAAACUGCUGCCGGUGAGAAAUAUGAUGUGCUUUCGAUGGACAGCAUGGACUUCAAGAUGCAAUUGAGUGCUUCUCCGGAAAUUUACGUCGUUGCAUCUGGACAUUUCCAAACACUUUCUGUUCACUUUGUCCGUCCCGAGAUCACGGCUGGAGUUCGUCAAAUUGUGCGACAGCUGCGGCGGGAUGUCAGAACUGAAAAGAUGAAAGCUCGCAAGACAAAGAGUCAACCCAACUUCCUUAGAAGGCUACCUCCAUGGCUCCUUCACUUUAGCUUGCAAGGUUCGGAUUUCGGGCUGGAAGUUGCUGGCGUUGACCAAGAGAUAUCCGAGAAUGCUCGCGGCGUUGCUAUUCAGCUGGAAUCUUGGACCGCAGAGUAUAAAGCACAAAAGGACAGCACGCCGAGCAAGAGAUCUACCAGGCGACGAACAUCAAGUCGAUCUCUGCAUCCUGACGAAGUUCUCGUGAAACCUGGCGCCUCCCCUCUCGACCCGAAACGUCAGCGAGACCCGACUAAUGGGAGAAGAUUGGCUUUUCAUGUACGCGGACUUGAAGGAUUUGUUGUUGAAUCAAUUGAAGCCUGGGAACAGGAUGCAUUUUUAUCUAUUCCUAGAUUUGAAGUCGCCUUAACUGCGUCUGCUGAUUCGAUGGGGCCAGUAUUUCACAUCAAUUCACAUGCCAGGUUCAUUUCCCUGCAGUAUUCUCUCUAUCGGCACUACGCUAUCGGGGUUGCUGCUAUGGUUCUUCGAAAAGUCUUUUUUCCAAAAUCAAAGGAUCGCGACGGGAUGAGGCAAUCCGAACAAACUCCAUCGGAUGAUCAUUUGAAACCUGCUCGCGAAGCCUCGACGGCUGAACUCGCUCCGGAAUCUCCUCCCGAGUUUAUUCUUGUGGACAUCAAAGCAGCAUUUUUGCAGAUCAAAGCUACCAUGCCUGCAGAUCCUCCAAUGCUUCUUCAGAUGUACCAUCUUGAAAUGGGCCGCCAUCGCUGGAGCGAUUCCUUCCUAAAAGCCCGCCUCAUUCGGCUUUGUGCAGAAGCUCCCAAAGUCAAAGGCACGUGGGCACGGCUUUUCAGCCUGAAGAAUUCUCGCAUGGACCUCCGCGAGAACCGUGAAAAGCAAGGCUCAAAAACAACCAAGGAGAGAUCAAUCGAUAUGUCCAUGGAUGGCAUCAGACUUGGCGUCCCUCACCAACUUAUCCUUCACAAAGUAUUCGAUAAUUUUGUCAAUGUCACCAAAGCAAUUGAGCAGCUGCACCAUCGCUUUAAGACAGAAACAAACGAAUAUAUUCUUGAAAAGCAUCCUCAGAAACCUCGAAGACUUCCAAAAAUUUCCGUACGCUCCAAGCUCCUUUUAUUUUUAUUGGAAGACGGCGCCUUUGAAUGGAAGCUUGGAAAUAUCUAUCGAAUGGGCUUGAUUGAGCAAAAGCAAAGACAAGCUCGAGAAGAAGCCUUUAAAGCUAAAGUAAAGCAUUUGCAAGACCGAGAUCAACAAAGAAGUUCUUCUAGAUUUCGACCUCGUGCGGAAAAUCAACAGUCGGGAGAAAAGGAUACAGCAAAGGAUACAGAGGGUAGGAGCAGGGAACGGGGUCGAAGCGAUCCUCGGUCCGCCUUCAGCAGCAAGAAGAUGCGUUACAAUCCAGAGGGAACAUGCGGAUUGAGUGAUACAUCCCGUGUCACGGUCAAGGAAGCAUGGUAUCGACUACAACAGCAUAAUUCGGCGAGCUGGAAGAAGCGCAUUGACGGAGCCAUGCAAUUCCAGAACCGAGCAAUGAGAGAAAUACGUCAGACAUUUUGGGGCUUAGAUGAGGUGCCAAAUGAUGUAGAGGACACGGAAAGGAUUUUGGCAAUUCCCGACCGGCCUGGAUUAAUGGCCACCCUCGUUCAUAACCUCCACAUUCUUAUCGACAAACCAUCAUUCCCCCUGGAGGAGUAUCCGGAAUUUCUUCAUAGGGUUGGGAAAGGGAUGCCUCGCGACAUGCAAUAUUCCCUUCUCCUGCCAAUGAAUGUCCAAAUCAGCAUGGGUGAGGUCCGUUCGACGCUCCGAGAUUAUCCGCUGCCGUUACUGCAUGUUCCCGGAUUACGAUUAGACCAAUCGCCACGCCUCCCGAGCUUGUCAUUGUCAACAGACUUUGUUAUCGCUGAAGAAUUUCGAGACGCAGAGUCAACGAGGCAUGUCAGGGUAGAGAUUGUGCCGCCAGAAAAAGUCAAACCUGCCUCAAACCGGAGAGGAUUUGCCAUCGAUGUUCGGAGGACUGUAUCACCGGUCAAGACGUACUCGGAUGUCAACAUCGAUAUUAACACCGCGUACGCGACGAAAAUUACUUGGGGUACAUCCUAUCAACCGGCGAUUCAGGACAUGAUGAUGACGAUCGAGGGAUUCACCAAACCACAGAUUGAUCCCUCUGACCGUGUUGGCUUUUGGGACAAGCUACGUCUUAACACGCACUCUCGCAUCAAGGUCAACUGGAAAGGAGAUGGAGAUGUCCACUUAAUGCUAAAAGGUUCUCGUGACCCUUAUGUUGUCACGGGCCACGGUACUGGCUUUGUUAUGUGCUGGCGAAAUGACGUGAAAUGGAACAUUGCUCAGGAUGAAGAUCCAAGAAAAUUCAUGACUGUAGACAGUGGAGAAUACGUGCUUGCGAUUCCCGACUUUAGUCACCAUGCUCGCCAAGCUCUGGAGUACUCGGGUCAUGAUUCAGAGAGCGUGUCAUCGGAUAGCAGUCAUAAGAAUAGGGCCUUGUUUCGAAAGGUUAUUAUGAAGCUAUCGGGCAACGUGCGGUGGCUCGCAGGUCUAGUUUUCGAGCAAAACCUCGAAAAUGGCCAGCGUUCUUUCGAAUUUAAACCUCAUUAUGAUGUGAUCCUCAAAAAUCCAGAGUUUGCCAAGGCUCCAGAAGGACAGGUUUAUGACGCCAUGAGAGGAUUUCGAAGUCAUCACUUGCACCUGUCUAUUGCAGUUGUAGCGCCUCUCGAUCGGGACUGGUCAGUGAACAAUCUCAAACCGUCAUCGAGUUAUAAUACUGUGCAUCUCUCGCCUCGAUUUUUCACGCAUUUCUUCAACUGGUGGUCAUUGUUCUCAGGAGCCAUGUCUUUGCCAAUCCGGCAAGGCAAGCUUUGGCCUGGCAUUGACAAAUCAAGCAAGAAAUUCGGCCGUCAUUUGGCCACCAUUAAAUAUAACUUACUUUUAUCGCCCCUCUUCAUCAGCCACAUCUACAAGCACAAGGAUGCGGAGGAUUACAGCGAAGACGCCGUUGCGGCGACAGGGUUGAAGCUACGCUUGGACAGCUUUAUGCUUGAUUUGCAUCAACGCCGAGAAGAAUUUGCCCCCAAAGCAAAGGGACGCAAAAAGGGUCCCAAAACUAGUGGAAUGAGAAUCAACCAAGCCCAGCUGGAUUUCAUCGCAGCCGACUUUCGAGCAGUCUCUGCGAACAUUACUGGUACUCGACAAGAGGACCUCAAGCAUGCAACGGAGGAAACACUAGCCUCUUACCAGGAGCUGGUACCAUCUGUUGACAUGUCGCGCUUUCAAAUUCCCGACAAUGACUUCUCCUGGAUCGAUAUGGAUGAUUUCGUUGAGCUAGACUGGAUCUUACCAGCCGAAGCUAAUCCCGAAACAAAGAUUAUGCCUCUUGCGUUCACACCGCGUUUUACAUAUUUCCGGCAAACAGAUCAUUUGGGCUCUGGGUCUGAAGACACUACGAGAUUCAGCCCCUUUGGCAAUGAGCCAACCCAUUACUGUGUCAUGUCUAAUGAAAAUGAUCCUCGCAGAGUUCAAUGUGAUUUGAUCAAAGAGCGGCUCGAAAAUAUUGAUCAGCAAAUGGAAAGUAAUCAAAGAUCGAUGGGAGAAAUGGAGCUGAGGGUGAUUAGAGACGAGAAACGCAAUGAUGCGGAUGCGCAUCAUGAACUUCGAACACUCCAAGAGCACGAUCAGGAGCUUCGUUCAAGGAGGGAAUUUCUAAAAGGGCUGCUAGGACGCCAUCAACAGAUUCUGAAGGCGAAUACUGCUGUGAAUGGAAAUAGUACAACGGAUGAGGCGGGAUCCAAUUCAGAUGCCGACCCUACUAGUGGUUCGACUAAUGACACGUCUGACGCCGCAGAUGCAAAUCUGGAACAGGAGCCCCUUUCUGAAUACGCCAGCGACUUCAAUAACAGGUUUUUGAUCCACAAUAUUCAGCUAAAGUGGAAUAAUCCUCUCCGCGAUAUCAUCAUGCGCUACAUUCAUCAAGUCAGCCAACGACGUGGCUUUGUCUAUUACAUGUCGCGGAAAGCUGUCAAAUUCAUCAUCGACAUUGUUGAAGAGCAGAAUCGGGCCAAGGAGAACGGCGUGAAACCGUCAAACGCGUCGAAUGUCUCGUCCAACCCUCAGUGUCCAAACUGCAAUGUGGACGAAGAAGAUGCGGCAAGCAUUGAAGAUCGCAUCCAGCAGCUUCUGGACGAUGCGAACAAAUUUGUCGAUGCCGAUGAUCCAGAAUCCCAUGAAGCUGGCAGAAAGCCUAGCGCCGACGAUGCAGAUGAGAUUUCGAAAGAGUUCACGUCUCAGAACAGUUACCAUAUCCGCCUUGUUGCUCCACAAGUCCAGCUGCAAAGCGACAAGAAUACAAAUGCAGCGGUCCUGGUCACUGCAAAGAGCAUGCAGCUCAAGGUAGUUCAAAUUAUGGACAAGGACCGUGUAACAGAUAACAUUAGCGGUCUGGUCCAGCGCCGUUUCAAGGCCGAUGCUGAGGCAGUUCAAUUUUUCGUUACUCUGCAGAAAGACUUUUCUACCUUGAAUCUUCACAUGUAUUCUGGUCGGCGGUAUGGCACAACUCCUAGUUCCUUCUGGCCCCCGUGGGUACCACUGGAGGUUAUGUUUGAUUUCCGAUCCAAUCCAUAUGGCUUUUCGCGUGUUGUACAAAAGACCUCUGCCAGUCUGAGGUACGAAAAAUUUAACACUCUCCGAUUGAAGUAUAACGACGAGGUAUCAAAGGGGCAGCUUGGCCGGGGCGAUAUGCCUGAGCAGCUUCAAAGUCGCCUAGACCAUCUGUGGAUUGAGUUUCCCCACAUUAGGGCGAUUUGUGACUCCUCACAAUAUUAUGCGAUCUAUAUUAUUGUCCUUGACCUUCUUCUGUACAGCGAACCGUUGGAGAAGGUGCGAAGCGAAAGGCUGGAGAAGAUUAUGCUUGCCUCCGACUUCAGUGAUUUACGAGGAGCGCCAGAGUUGAUUAUCUGUCUUCAAGAACGAAUUCGCCGCCUCGAGGAGAUCAAACUGCAUUUCCAAUUAAACGCUCGGUAUUUGGACCGACAAGGUUGGCAGGAUCGAGUUGCACUUGAGCAAGACUUGACCAAUUGCGAAGAUGAACUAUUCUUUAUGAUGAAAGCCAUUACCACUUCUCAGCGCAGGACCGAAGGCUUCCAAGAUAAUGAGACAAAUACAUUGUUGAGGUGGAAUCUUUCUGCGACUGAGAUUGUCUGGCAUCUGAUGCGAGAGCAAAAUGAGCCGUUGAUGGAAUUUCAACUCAAGAAUGCUGCGUACGACCGCAUGGAUAAUAGCGAUGGGUCAAAUUACAAUUCAGUCGAAGUUGGUGAGAUUCUAGGGCUUAAUCUGCUCCCUGAUGCCGUUUAUCCAGAAAUGAUUGGUCCCUAUUUUGACGAGAGCGCCAAAGCUUUCGCCGAGGGGCGAGAAGCAAAAAUGCUGCGGGUAUACUGGUAUAUGCUAGAAGCAAUUGCAGGCAUUCCAGUUAUGGAUCAGUUCGAAGUCAACCUUUUCCCGAUGAAAAUCCAGCUUGAGCGUGAAGUUGGCAAGCGGCUUUUUGAGUACAUUUUCCCGGGCGUCGGCUCAAAUGCCUUUGAUAAUGGCAAUUUCUCCCCUUUUAUGGUCAAGCACAUGCAGCCUGUCACGGAGGAGAAGGAAGACUUUCAGCGGCAUGCCUCGGGCGACAGUAUAGAACCAUCAACUAGCGGCGUUAAUGGACAGGACAACCACGAUGGGGAUUCUUCGGACCAAAAGACCGAUUCAAGCUCACUGGCGGUGCGACUCAAGCCUACACUAACGUUACCGGACCGGCGACCUCGGUCGUCGCACAAGCAGACUGGUCCAGCAGGAGGAGCACAUCAUUUCCGACUGUUCCAGCAUCAAGAUAAGUCCCAGUCGGGAACCCGGCUGCCAAUCCCGCGAUCGAUCAACAAGCAGAGCUCGACAGAUAGCCUUCGCAAAGCAUUUAAAAAGCCAGAACGAUCCAUGACGAAUAAUUCGACACACAAUGCGAAUGGUAGCGCCGAACGUCCAAAGCGCUUCCCACUGCAGCGGAACCACAGCAACGAAAAGCAAGCUCGAGAAAAACGCCGAGCAUCUGAUGAUCUCAGUCAGAUGAUGGCACGUGCGUCCAACUAUAUGACGUUGGCAUACGUCAAAAUUCCGAGUGUUGUUCUUUGUUUAAGUUACAAGGGCCGCGGCGAACGCAACAUUGAGGACGUUCACGAUUUUGUGUUCCGACUGCCCACGAUAGAGUACCGCAACAAAACGUGGUCUAAUCUUGAUCUGGCGCUUCAUCUGAAGAAGGAUGUUAUUCGGGCUUUAAUCUCUCAUACGGGAGCCAUCAUUGGCAAUAAGUUGUCUCAUCAUCGGCCGAACAAGGUUCAGCAGAAUCGUCUUCGGGAGCUUGUCAGUUCGUCCGUUAUGCUUCCUUUGCCCGACCAUGGCCAAGGGGGCAGCGAUUCGAGUAGCAUGCGUGAGGGCGACGAUCGAGAUCUGUCGCCCAACCCUUCUGGGUCUCGACCGGCUCUUAUGAAUCGGUCGGAAUCGUUUGCGUCAACGACAUCGGCUGGAGGACGCAGCAGUGUUUUCGCCUCAGAGCCGCCAUCGGCGCCGGGGUCUAUCAUGGAAGAUGACGAGCAUGAGCAGCCUGAUCAUCAUCAUCAUCAUAAGUCUCCUUCCUUUUCAACUCCACUUGGUCGCCACAUAACCACUCUCAGCCAGUUGGCUCGUCAGAGAGGUUUGCCCCCGGAAGAGUCUGAAGAAAGUUUUCGCCGCAAAGGAAAAUUGCUUCUAGGCAAGAAGCUCCUCGGAAAUUCCGAGUAA